UCCACCCAGGAGCUUUCAACAUAGGCGCCUAUGCACAACCUGGAGAAAACACAGUCGCGUCUAAGAAAAAUAACUGCCACUUGAUUAACCACUCCCCGGGGGACUAGCUGGCACAUAACUUGAUGGUACAGGAUGCCGUACGUUCUCAUCAGUACCCAGAUUCGACUGGAGACCGGUCCAACCAUGGUUGGAGAUGAGUACUCCGAUCCAGCAAUAAUGACUUACCUUGGGGCCAGGAAAACAACAAUGCUUGGAAACAAUUUCUCAGAGUAUCAUGUGGAUGACCCUCCCAGGUUGGUUUUAGACAAGCUGGAGAAGCUGGGCUACCGUGUUGUUUCCAUGACAGGCGUGGGCCAAACCCUGGUUUGGUGUUUGCACAAAGAGACCAUUGAGUCUCACACAUAGGGGCACUGCUAGAAAAUUUGGGCCCUAUGACAGACAAUAAUUCUGGGCCCCCAAGAUAAUAUACAGUAUUAUUUUGUGUGUGUGUGGGGGCUCUAUGGGGUACCCUGGUCAGUGCUGGGCCCUUAGAAUGCCCCCCCUCCCCAGGUGUCACAUGGCACAUGUCCUCAUGAUCGAUCGAGUGACUGCAAAGCCCUGUGCUGCACUUUACCUGAUCCUAUGGUCCCAGGCCCUUGCCAUCUUAAUUGUUUCUUUUUUUUUUAAUUAUGUUGAAUUAUGUGUUAAAAUACCUUUAUUUUAUCUCAAGUUCUGAUUAGCUAGGAUUACUUAUUUGAAUGCAUAUUUAAAUAUAAACACCUGAAUAUCAAACAAAGACAAAAGCACCCAUUCCAGUCAGAGCAGUAUAAAGGUUAUACGGCUCUGAUUCCAGUGAACACAUAGUACGUAAGUACAGGUUAAGAACAUUCUCAAACAUUCCUGAACAUUCAAGUAAGAACAUUCUCAAACAUUCCUGAACAUCCAUAGCCUUACCCAGAGCCUGAUAAAUAUCUAUAAGGCUCUGUCCUUACUGUGUAAACUGACUGUAUAAAUGGUCAACAAGAUCAGUGUCUCUUGUUAGUAAUGAUUACAGAAUCAUACUUGCCGUUUCAUCUUUGAAUGUCUAUGCAACGCUGAGCGGGGAGGAUCUGUUAGAACAACAAAAUUGUACUUGUUGGCUUUCAUCUUAAAUCAUUCUUUGUACUACACUACUACUUGGAAUCCAGAAAUGUAGUUAAUAUAUGCAGUAUCCUGACAUCUUUGUUUAAGUCUGUAACCAUGUGCUCGCAACAUCCACUCAUUCACUACACAGAGCACUGCAUUGUCAAUAACUCUAUUGUGUUGAUGCACUAUGUAGUACACUAUGAAGCCUAGUGAAUGACUGGAUGUUCCGAAUGCAGACUUUGCUUUUUUUUUCUUGAAGCUUAUUUUACUGUAGGGAGUAGAUUUGUACAUUGUGUAUCGUAUUGUACUGGUACUGCCGAUUGGAUUCCGAAAUAAAAUAACUAUUGUCAUAA